AUGGCUGAACCCUCUCGUCGCGGCGGCGAUGGCUCUCACCAGGCCGACGUGGACCGUACGAUCACAGAACUGAAGAGGAGAGAGACGGAGCUGGAAGAUGCCCUGCAAAAGCUGAGGGCUGCUGCCAGCACCUCAAGACGCCCUCUGGAUUCCAAGAGUCAAGUGAAGGUCACCAUGGAGAUCAUGUCCAAGGCAUACCGGCAUGUCGCGGACUCACAGCCGUUCCUGCCGUCUCCUGGCUCCGUCUUGCCCUCCCUACUUGCGCUGCGGAGGGCCCAUCAGACAGUCGCCGGAUCCAACGAGUACAUGGACUCACAGGCAGCCUCGUUGGAGCAGAUUCAACGCCGCGUGAAGGCUGAGGAGGCAAACCUGCGUGACCAACUUGCGCUGCAGGACGCGCUGGAGAAGCGCGUGCAGUCAUUGCGCGACGGCAUGGAAACUAGAAGGGAGAUGACACAAGAACAGCUAGUCGAGGAACGGGCAGCCGAACUCAAGCAGCAGAAGGAAGACUGGGACAAGCAGACAUCGUCGCUUCUCAAGGACCUGGACUGGUUCAUCAGGCAUCAUCUUGGCCCCAUGCUGGCGGCCGAGGAGCUGGGAGGCCCCGUUGUUGGGGAGCUGAUGGAAAUUGAGGCGGACGAUCUGAGCGCUGGAUUCAGCACAAAGGGCAAGCUGAAGAAGGCGAAGGCGUCGCCAGACGAAGACCAGCGGCAGAGACGAAUCGACGAGAUCUGGGGCGGGGCGCAAGAGCAGCAGGACCAAGGCAGCAAGAGGAAGCACGAAGAGCGGGACGAAGCAUCGGCAGCGAGCGCCGAGAUGCGCGACCUCACGGAGCAGCUGCUCAACAAGCUGCAGGAGUCGGGCGGAGACAGUUCGGCGGCUUACGUCCAGCUGGCCAGGGAGUCGGCGGCAUCUCGGUUCCUGGUGCGGUCACAGGUGGCCGAACUGCACCCCAAGGACGCCACGAAGCUCCGGCUGGUGAACUUUGGGCGGGAACUGGACGAUUGA